AUGUCUGAAAGUCGCCUCUUUGAGCCACUGAAGGUUGGCAGCCUUGAAUUAAACCACCGGGUGGUUAUGGCCCCUCUGACCCGAUUCAGGGCCAGCGAGUCCCAUGUCCCACUCCCCAUCGUUCCAACCUAUUACGGUCAGCGAGCCUCUGUACAAGGUACAUUCAUCAUCAGUGAAGUAACUUUCAUCUCCCCACGCGCUGGCGGCUAUCCUAACGUGCUCGGGAUCUGGAACCCAGAACAAGUUGCUGCGUGGAAGGAAGUCACCAAUGCUGUCCACAAGAAGGGCAGUGUCAUCUUCCUUCAGCUUUGGGCUCUUGGACGUGUCGCUGUCUCUGAAAUUGCAGCAGCCGAAGGCUUCGAUGUGGUCAGCUCUAGCGCUACUCCUCUCGAGUCUGGCAUGCCCGCACCAAAAGCCUUGAGCACAGAAGAGAUCCGACUAUUCAUCGCCGACUACGUGCAAGCUGCUCGGAAUGCAAUCGAUGCCGGAUUUGAUGGGGUGGAAAUCCACGGCGCUGGCGGCUAUCUGAUUGACCAGUUCACCCAAGACAAUUGCAACAGCCGAGACGACGAGUAUGGCGGUAGUAUCGAGAACCGAGCUCGUUUUAUCCUCGAAGUCGCCAGCGCCGUGUCAAAAGCCGUGGGCCCGCAACGAGUUGAAAUUCGCUUGUCACCAUGGCAAAGAUACCAGGGAAUGAGGAUGGAGGACCCAGUUCCACAAUUCACCUAUGUUAUCGAGCAUUUGAAGAAUCUCGAUCUGGCUUAUCUUCACCUCAUCGAAGCGCGUGUUUGCGGCAAUGUCGACAGCGAAGAUCGUGACAAGAUUGAUCCCUUUGUUCGUGCAUGGGGAGACUCAAAGCCUGUGAUUCUGGCGGGAGGAUUCACCCCCGAUUCGGCGAGAGUUGCCGUGGACAAGGAAUUCCGGGAUCGGGAUGUGAUGAUUGCCUUCGGACGCCAUUUUAUGUCUAAUCCCGAUCUGCCAUUCAAGAUUCGACAAGGCUUGGAUCUGACUCCGUAUGACCGAGACACCUUUUACGUCCCUGGGUCUGGCGAAGGCUAUAUCGAUUACGAAUGA